ACGACGAGGACGACUUCUACCAUGUGAUCGAUCUGGUUUAGGUUACAUUUUAGACAUAAAUCCUUCGGAUAUUUUGUCAUUUAAUAUUAUGUAUAGUUCAGAAAAUUACAAGUGAAACUAUGUAAAGGCACAUAGUAGGUCCUAGAACUACCGUCAAUUAUCGGGUUCGACAGAUACAAUUAUUGAAGAAACACGUUUUUUUUUGUUUAAAACAAUCAAAUCAAAUAACUUUGUCUUGGCUCCGUUUCAAAAUCUCUGUUUUUUUUUUGGAUUCCAAAAGUCACUGCCACAAAGUAAACAGAUGUGGUAGGAGGAGAACAAGAGACAUUUUUCCACUUGACAUUUACCCACCUUGCAGACAAAAAAAAAGUUUAUUAAAAACUAUUAAAAUGGGAAAAUGUACCUGGAUUUACCUGUUAACUCAUAUUUUGCGUGCCUGGGGACAGAUGAUAGAGCUAUCACCCACACCUUGCAAUGACAAAGCUGUGGAGAAGCUUUCCAAAUUGGCCCUCACCUACAUCAAUGAAGACCGAACCGAGGGGUAUAAAUUUGCCCUCAAUAGAAUAUCCAACGUUCAUCUUCACGCUCAGGGUCCAGCUGGAAAUGUCUACUACCUCCGUCUAGAUGUGUUGGAGACCAAGUGUCAUGUGAGAAGCCCUAAACCCUGGAAACGAUGUGACGUCAGAGCCUUCAUGGAAACCCAAAUCUCUGGGAACUGCAACACCACCAUUCUCCACACAGCCACAGGAUACUCCUACCUGUACAGCUAUGACUGCACACUGGUGCCUGACCCUCCAGAGAAGCUGCAGCAGAUAUGUCCAGCCUGCCCCUUGCUGCUGCCCAUAGACAGCCCCAGGGCAGUGCACGCUGCUGGUCUGACCCUCUACAAGUUCAACACGCAGAGCACCCUGCCCUCCAGCCUGGCCCUGCAGAACCUUACCAGGGCCUCUGUACAGAGUGGGCCCGUGCCUGCUACCUUUGUGGAGUACACCGUGCAGGAGUGUCGCGAGGGCUAUGUGGGCAUGUGUGUGCCAACAGACAACAGGGGAGACCCGGCUGGGUUUUGUAAGGGGGCGGUGUAUGGACCUAUCGGCCAACCAGACGUGGAUGUCUCUUGUGAAAUAUUCCAUCCACAGGGCAUUGAUGUUUUCCAUGACCUGACCCCUCCUCGACCCCCAACGAUGCCUGAAGUCCCCAUCUUUGUUCCCAACGUCCCCAUUAUCAUCCCCUCCUACCCCACAGCACCCCCUCCUCUUCUGGAGGAGCCCCAACCACAACCCUUUGACCCCAGUACUGUUGUUGACCCUACACACAUCUUUCCCAAUCCCCUAUCCCCAACCCCAACCCUUCGAGUUCCAGACUCUUCCUCCGAGGAGCUGGGUGCUGGUGUGGCUCGACCGCCCUUCAACUUCCGCUACCGGCCCCUGCGCAGACGGAGGCAGGCCCUGGUGACAGCCAAGCCCCCUCACACCCCUGUCUUUCUGGCUGAGUUCCCCAGCUCGCCCUCUCCCUUCCGCUCCUGCCCUGGUCCUUCUCGCUACACCACUGUGUGACCCAGACUGGGAUAGAGCCUCAUUCAGUAGGGGAACUAACUUUAAAGUUAGGAGACUGGUAUAAAUUGUAGACUUUAAAGUUAGGAGACUGGUAUAAAUUGUAGAGUUAAAGUUAGAUAAAAAAAAAUAGAUAGAUAGAAAAAUAGAGCUUUUUGGUCUAAACUCCA